AAGGCUGUGAUUGGCUCUCAGUUUUUAUUGUCAAAUCAUUCACUCAUUUGUUAUCAAUUCAAUUGUCAUUUGAUUUGUCUUAACUCAGAGUCUGUUGUCAUCUGUUUCUGCACUAAUUAUCACCGAAAACAAGACAAUCAAUUGCUUGAAUGGGUAAUCAACAGCCGGGCGGCGGAGGAGGCGGUGGUCGCGGAAGUGGUGGCGGCGGAGGACCGGGUGGUGGACAGGGAGGAGGCGGUGGGGCCGGCGGUCAAGACGGCACGGGUAGGGGUGGCAGCGGUGGCGGCGGCGGUAGGGGUAGAGCGCCGGCGAUGCCGUCGCGUCCGGCCAUCGCUGGCCGUCGGAAGAAGACGUCUAAAGGGCCGGAGAAGUCGUUCAAAUUGCCGGCAGUCGUACCGCACGGCAAGUGUAAGCUCCGGCUCCUGAAGUUGGAGCGCAUCCACGACUGGCUGCUGAUGGAGGAGGAGUUCCUCAAGAAGUGUAAUGUGGAGAUCGAGGCCAAGGCUCGCAAGACGGCCGCCGCUGCAGCCGACGAAGACAUGGACGACGAGCGCAGCAAAGUUGAGCUCAUCAGAGGUAUGGAUCCGAUUCGAGUGAUGUCUUAACCGUUGUUUUGAUGUCUUAACCGUUGUUUUGAUGUCUUAACCGUUGUUUUGAUGUCUUAACCGUUGUUUUGAUGUCUUAACCGUUGUUUUGAUGUCUUAACCGUUGUUUUUGAUGUCUUAACCGUUGUUUUUGAUGUCUUAACCGUUGUUUUUGAUGACCAUUACUAUUGUCUAUACGUUUAAGGCUCGCCGCUGGACGUCGGGAAUCUGGAUGAGAUCAUCGAUNAUGUCUUAACCGUUGUUUUGAUGUCUUAACCGUUGUUUUGAUGUCUUAACCGUUGUUUUGAUGUCUUAACCGUUGUUUUUGAUGUCUUAACCGUUGUUUUUGAUGUCUUAACCGUUGUUUUUGAUGACCAUUACUAUUGUCUAUACGUUUAAGGCUCGCCGCUGGACGUCGGGAAUCUGGAUGAGAUCAUCGAUGAUAAUCACGUGAUUGUGUCGACCACUCACGGCGCCCCUUACUAUGUGUCGAUCAUGUCGUUCGUGGAUAAGGACCAGUUGGAGCCCAACUCGACGGUACUUCUGCACCACCGCCAACACCACGUGGUGGGAGUGAUGGACGACGACGUGGACCCGAUGGUGAACGUCAUGAAACUGGACAAAGCGCCCAAAGAGACGUACGCCGACGUCGGCGGUCUCGACCAACAGAUCCAGGAGAUCAAAGAGUCGGUAGAGUUGCCGCUAACGCAUCCCGAGUACUACGAAGAGAUGGGUAUUCGCCCCCCGAAGGGUAUCAUACUGUACGGCCCGCCCGGCACUGGGAAGACACUGUUGGCCAAAGCGGUGGCCAAUCAGACGUCGGCGACGUUCUUGCGUGUGGUCGGCUCUGAGCUGAUCCAAAAGUAUUUGGGCGAAGGACCCAAACUGGUGCGACAGCUGUUCCGCGUGGCCGAAGAGUACGCGCCGACCAUUGUGUUCAUCGACGAGAUCGACGCCGUCGGCACCAAGAGAUACGACUCGAACUCUGGCGGCGAGCGUGAGAUCCAGCGAACAAUGCUUGAGCUGUUGAACCAAUUGGACGGCUUUGACUCGCGCGGCGACGUGAAGGUGAUUAUGGCGACCAAUCGGAUCGAUUCGCUCGAUCCGGCGCUCAUACGGCCCGGACGUAUAGACCGUAAGAUCGAGUUCCCGCUGCCGGACGAGCCCACAAAGCGGCGCAUAUUUGGCAUUCACACCAAACGCAUGUCUUUGGCCGCAGACGUCAACUUCGAUGAACUGAUUGCGGCGAAGGACGACCUGAGCGGCGCCGACAUCAAAGCCAUGUGCACUGAGGCCGGCCUUAUGGCGCUCCGGAAGCGUCGCAUGAAAGUGACGGCCGAAGACUUUGUGAAAUCCAAGGAGAAUGUGUUGUUCCGCAAGAAAGAGGGCACUCCUGACAUGUAUUUGUAGUGUCUGUCUGUCUCUGUGUUGGAAUCGCUGCGAGU